UUCCGGGGGGGGCAGUGUGGUGGUGCAUGUCCUCCGCCGCUCAUGCUCUCAUUCGUCUGACAGGGAAAUGUUGGCAGCUGUUAAGUCCUGGUGGCAUCAGGGAUGGAGGCGGCUCUUUAUCUUUAACAUUUCUUGGAAACUAAAGGUUUUUCCUCUCCGUCAUCGUUCUGAAUGUGUCCACACGCUCAGCAUUCAUGUUUCCACUUAGAUCCGGGGUCUGCUACCUUCAACACUUAAAGAGCCAUUUGGGUCCAUUUCUCACUGACAACAUCCCAACAGGGGACACAGUCCUAUUCACUUUACAGGAAAAUACGAUACUGAUUUAUUUUUAUUUUAAUGUUACUAUGAUAACUAUAAACAAACAUUUUUUGACAAAAUAAAAUGAAGCUUUUUUCUUUUCAAAACUUGAAAUACUUUAUCAUUUUUGUCAGAGAUUUCACAUGACUUCCUUUCAAAAUAAAAGUCAUCCUGUGUCUCAUAGGAUGAUCUCAGUGCGGCAAAUCAUAUUGGAUUUUCAAUUUUCAAACAAAAUAUUGCAGAUCUUAUGAACUAAAUCAGAACUAAUUCAGUGAAUUUUUUUUACAAACACUUAAAAUCUUUAAAUUUGUUUAAAAAUAGAGAAUCUGACACUCAAAAAUCUGUCAAAAAGCUUCUGAUACGUAUUGUCCUUUAACUGUUUAUAAGUGAGUUGAAUCAAGUUUUUUUUUUUUUUUUUUUUUUUACUUUACUACCUUAUUACUUUUUACAGUUAUACUUGUUAAAAUGUUUUAUUUCCUGUAACCAGAGAGCCACAACGGAGGAGUCAAAGAGCCACGUGUGGCUCUGGAGCCGCAGGUUGCAGACUCCUGAACUAAACUGAUGUUCAAUGUACUCUUUAGCAAGUUUCCAAGGAAAGCAGGACUGGGUUUGAAUAUUUAGCAUUCUGUAUUUCUGCUCCUCACAGCUCUCGUGUCUCUGUUGUUGAUCUGGCCAUGCUCUCCACUGAUGUUUCUGCUGUGAUGAAUUUGGGGAUGGACCUCAGUGUGAUACUGGGCAGCAUUUGGAGCGGCGGUUGCUCUUCCCUACCUUAUUUUUCCAAGCAUUCUUGAUCUUUGAGUCGUAUUUUCAUUCAAACAUCCUGGGCUGCAGACGUGUUUUGGGGACUUCCCUGUGAUGUUUCCUGGGGGUGGAGCUAAACUGCUACGAUGUCACAAUGACCAGCAGCAGCUUUUGCCCUGUUUUGAGGAACGCCUACCGUCAUUUUAAGUAAGUCAAGAAAAUAUUCGCCGCCAUAAUGUAAGCAAUAUUAAAGUCAACAUCUUAAUACAUCUCAGUACGCUGCUGUUUUCUGUGUUUUCUUUUGUGGACUCUACAAAGUGAAGAAGUUGGAUCUGAUUCGAGGAGAAGUAAAUGUUAAACUAGUCUGCUGUCGUGUUGAUGCAGCACAGAAAUCCACCCCGUCAUCAAGCGACGGCUCAAACAUGCCGUUUGUGUUGCUGGAAAUCUGCUCGACGUUUCUGACCACAGUAAAACAGUUUGAUGAAGACGACAAUGCCAACAUGGACGUGCAGCUCCUCUGAAUCAUUUUAACCAAUAUUUCUUUUUUGUCUGGAUGGAAGCCUCAUUGUUUCUGAGCUCCAUCAUGUUUACCUGCUGGGGAAUGUUUCCAUGGCAACUGCCAUGUCAUCAUUCAUUCAUUCAUCUUCUUGUCCGCUUUGUCCCUUCCGGGGUCGCGGGGGUGCCGGAGCCUAACCCGGCUACUGAUGGGCGAAGGCGGGCUUCACCCUGUACAGGUCGCCAGUCUGUCGCAGGGCGCAACUGCCAUGUGUUCCUUUAAACUGUGAUGCUGAAUUCUGGUAUUUGAUGUCCAACCUGAACCAUCCCCAGUGAACAGAGGGGCUUCACUUCUGUGUGAACUCUCUGACAGUCACAGCAGAGGAGUCGGUGCACUCCACCUCCUGUCUGUGAGCAUCCUGAUGGUGAAAUGUGCUUGAAUCCAUCGGAUGGAGCCGCUUGGACGGAUGAGUUCUGCUGCUGGAGCCUGGUUUACGGCGCCGCACAUUCGGAGCAGGACUCUAGGCUCGACCUCAGGGAUUUUUUUUAAAUCAGCUUGUAAAUAGAACCUCAGGAAAUAAAAUAAAUGUCAUUAGAGUUCACAUAAUUAUAAACAUUUACAAUAUCAUUAUAAAAUAAAAAGAUUUUGUCAUAGCUCUGGUUGGCUGGUGCUGUUUUGCAUGUUCCUCACAUGUCAACUCCAAUCUGGAGCUCUUUAGUCGGAUCCGAUCCCACAGCUGAGGACUGCAGUUUCAUCUCGUCAGAAUGGAGUUUGGAGUGUAAGGCACCAACCAGGCAAAAUGGUGCGGAUGGGUUGCUUAGCAACUGCAGCAUUGUCUGAUUCGCUCCUCACUAUGGGUGAUCUGUGGAGCUAAGAACCAGAUCAGACGAGGAAAAGAAUAGCAAACUGGUAAGCAGACUGGCACCAGUGUUGGAGCCGCCCACACGUCCUGUCCUCUCUGGUAGAGCCGCGUCACACACGAGAGGUCCAGGGGGACACUUAGAGCUUUUACUUUGAAAGGACACCUGAUCCAGCUGAUCAUCAGCAGCAACAGCUGAUCAGUGAUGGCAGCGUGGUCUUCGCCGAGGCUCUGUGGGACCACGUCACCAUGGACGUGCAGGAGCUGGGCUUCAAAGCCGGUGAUGUCAUAGAGGUGGUUGAUGCAAGCAACAAGGAGUGGUGGUGGGGUCGCAUCAUGGACAGUGAAGGCUGGUUUCCUGCCAGCUUUGUUCGGCUGCGUGUAAACCAGGAUGAACCGAUGGAAGAGUAUCUGGCACAACUAGGGGAGAUUCAGGCUCUGAAUGAGGGCCAAGCCAGUCUGGCUUCUCUAUCAGGACCUGGUCUACCCUGCAAAGAACAGAUGAGAACCAAUGUCAUCAAUGAGAUCAUGAACACAGAGCAAGACUACAUCAAGCAUAUAAAGGACAUAUGUGAGGGUUAUGUCAAACAGUGCCGUAAGAGGACAGACAUGUUCACUGAAGAGCAGCUGCGCACAAUCUUUGGCAACAUUGAAGACAUAUACCGAUUCCAGAGGAAGUUCCUGAAGACCUUGGAGAAGAAGUUCAACAAGGAGCAGCCCCAUCUCAGCGAGAUUGGCUGCUGCUUCUUAGAAUAUCAAACAGAUUUCCAGAUUUAUUCCGAGUAUUGCAACAACCAUCCCAACGCCUGCGUGCAGCUCUCCAAACUGAUGAAGGUCAACAAGUACGUGUUCUUCUUUGAAGCCUGCCGGCUGCUGCAGAGGAUGAUCGACAUUUCUUUGGAUGGCUUCCUGCUCACUCCAGUUCAGAAGAUCUGCAAGUAUCCUCUGCAGCUGGCUGAACUGCUCAAAUACACCAACCCUCAGCACAGGGACUACAAAGAUGUUGAUGCUGCCCUCAAUGCCAUGAAAAAUGUUGCCAGGCUUAUUAAUGAGAGGAAACGGCGCCUUGAAAAUAUUGAGAAGAUAGCCCGCUGGCAGAGCUCCAUAGAGGACUGGGAGGGUGAAGAUGUUCUCAGCAGAAGCUCUGAACUCAUCUUUUCUGGGGAGGUAACCAAGCUAUCCCAGCCUCAGAACAAGAGUCAACAGAGAAUGUUUUUCCUCUUUGAUCAUCAGAUGAUUUACUGCAAAAAGGAUCUCCUGCGCCGGGACAUGCUGUACUACAAAGGCCGGCUGGAUAUGGACCACAUGGAAGUGAUAGACCUGGAGGACGGCAGAGAGAAAGAUUUCAACAUAAGUGUAAAAAACGCCCUGAAGCUGCGAUCUCUAAAUACUGAAGAAAUCCACAUUUUGUGUACCAAGAAACCUGAGCAGAAAGCGCGCUGGCUCAGAGCUUUCAGUGAUGAGAGGCGGCAGGUCCUUCAUGACCGCGAGACAGGCUUUUCUCUGACUGACCUGCAGAAGAAACAGGCCAUGCUAAAUGCCUGUAAAAGCCAUCCAGCUGGGAAACCUAAAGCGGUGACCAGACCCUACUGUGACUUCCUGCUCCGGCAGAAACACCCGUCCCUGCCCACCGCUUUGCCGCAGCAGCAGGUCUUCAUGCUGGCCGAGCCCAAGCGCAAGACCACCUUCUGGCACAACAUCGGCAGGCUGACACCUUUCAAGAAGUGAAAGAGAGAAAUGACAAGGUUUAAAUGAGGUUGUGGAAGAAGGAAGCAAAGGAGAAGAGGAGCUCUCUGCCCGUGCCUGAAUAAACCUUUUUAAAUAUUCCUAUUUCUUUCCUGCACUUAACUUUUUUGGAUUAAUAUGCUGAGCUGUAUAGAUGAAGAUUAUUAUAAUGAGGGCGAGAUUAUUGUUUGAAAGCACUUUAUAGGUUUGCUGAUGAUAAGAAUUUCGGGGUCUUCAGGACAAACGGAGUUGAACAGAAAACGUGGGCCUUGCUUCACCAAAUGUCAGUAGAUAAUUCUGUGGCUGUUCUGCUGCAGGUGACUGUGGGAAUGGCGAUUGACCUGCCUCUGUGACACCAACAAGUUGGAAAGCAGUUGAAAUGUUUUGCUUUAGAACUUGACAGCUUUGCUGCUGGUUCUGUAAGGAAGUUUUGGAUGUGUGUCCUCUUAGGGAGAAGGGAGGACUGAGUUAAGGAUGAAGUGGCUCUCUGUCCCUGCGUGUCCUUCAGUAUCAUUUCAACCACGUUUUGGAUGUUUUGUGGUCUUCAUGUGAGAACAUUGAUUCUGUACUUCUCUGGUGCAGUGGUGGUGUUGUGCAAACAUUUGUACACUGCUGCCAAAAGAUCAGAUGUUUUUGACUGAGCCAACAUCGGCACCCCCUCCCUCCCCCGAGCAAUGGACAUUCCUGAUUCUGACCCUCAAGCCCGCUCAUAGCCUCUUUCAUUUUAGUUUCUUUUAUGAAGUGCCAUUUAGGUGUGACACGGACAACCUGCCAUGACAUGCAUGGAUGUGACAAAAAAAACUGUGAAAAGUAUUUUUUUAGCUUUGAAAACUUCUGCUAUAAUUGUUGACCAGACUCAUGUUCUCGUAUCAGCCUGUGCUCAUGAUAUCCAGCAUUCCUGCUCUGUUGACCUGGUAUCCAGUGUAAUCUCCUGUCACAUUAAUGCAGCCUGGUGAUUUGCUCUAUCAAUGCAUUCAGUGAAGGACUCUUUCCAACUUUAUAUUCCAGUCUUCAAAUGUAUUAAACGUUUCUAAGCUGAAUAACAGA